UUUUCCCCAGCUCCCUCGGGGGCACAGGGAGUCCUGGGCAGUGGGGCAGGGCCCUGAGGUGCCGUUACACGAAUUGGCCCUGAGGGCUGGGCAAGCCCCUGGCCCUGCGCUGUCAGCCUGGCUGCCCUAGGCAGGGCCUGGCUCUGGGCGUGGGCAGCCCCCCGGUGCAGCCUGUGGCUCCCUGCUGUACCCACCCCAGCUGUGCCCAGCCCUGGCUGCUGGAGGGGGGCUAGUGCCCAUACUGCUCUGGGGCCCAGCUGCCCUCUCCCUACCAGCACCGGCUGGGGGCAGGGGGCGUGCAGGGCUGAUGGUGCCACCCGAGGCUGGAGCCGGGCCCUGCCUUGCCCCUCUGUGGCUGGGCCGUGGGCCCGUCGCUCGUCCCCCACCAGGCUGCAGCUAAGCCCCUGAGCCGCCUUAGCAGGUGAUGCGAGGCAGCCCUUGGCUUUCCGAGCGGUUUAAGGGGCCGUGGCGGGCACCGGUGGCCCCCCUGCGUGGCGAGGCCCCAGGCUAGGCACAGAGCGGCAGGAGUGCGAGGAGAUGGCCCUGGCUCGCCUGUGGCGCUCGGCUGGGCCGUGGCGGUGCCGUGCGCUGCUGCUGGCAGGACUCCUGCUGCUGCUCCUCCGGCAGGCGGCCAAGCCGGAGGUGGGUAGAACCAGCCCCACCGAGCCACUGAGGGGGAAGAACUCUGCCCGCCCGCCCCCCAACGUGGUGUUCGUGAAGACCCACAAGACGGGCAGCAGCACCCUGCAGAACAUCCUCUUCCGCCUGGGCGAGCGGCACAACCUCACCGUGGCCUUCCCCCGUUACACCUACCAGUUUGCCUACCCCCAGCGCUUCGCCCCCGCCUUCGUGGAGCCGCUGCCGCCGGGCGCCGCCCGCUACAACCUGCUGCUCAGCCACCUGCGGCUGGCAGCCGGCGAGGUGCGCCGGGUCAUGCCCCCGGACAGCCUCUACCUCACCAUCCUGCGCGACCCCGUCCGCACCUUCCAGUCCGUCUUCGCCUACUACCGCAGCACCGUGCCCGCCUUCCGGCCCCUGGCCAACCACACCCGGCCCCUGGCCGCCUUCCUGCAGGCCCCGGCACGCUACUACGACCCGGCCGACAUGGGCAACGGGCUGGCCAGGAACCCCAUGGCCUUUGACCUGGGGCUGGAGGCCGGCGGGGAGGAAGGGGGCAGCCGAUGGGACCGGGAGCUGGAGCGGCUCAACCGGACCUUCCACCUGGUGCUCAUCGCCGAGCACUUCGACGAGUCCCUGGUGCUGGCGCGGGAGCUGCUGGGGCUGCGCCUGGAGGAGCUGGCCUACGUGCGGCUCAACGCCCGCCGGGGGGCCAUGGACGAGGCCUCGGCCCCGGGGCUGGCGCGGCAGAUCCGAGCGUGGAACUGGCUGGACGUGCGGCUCUACCAGUACUUCCGGGCUGUGCUGUGGCGCCGGGUGGAGCGUUACGGCUACACGCGCAUGAAGGGCGAGCUGGAGGCCCUGCGCUCGCUGCUGCGGGAGACCCGGGAGACCUGCCUGGCCGGGGAGGCCGUGGGGCCAGAGGAGACGGCCGACGAGCUGCGGCCCUGGCAGCCCGACUCCGCCACCAUCCUGGGCUACAACCUGCGGCCCAGCCUCCCCCCGGCCCAGUACGCCACCUGCUACAGCCUGGUGCUGCCGGAGCUGCAGUAUCACGCCCGCCUCUACUACCGGCAAUACGGCAGGGAGCUGUGCUCCCUGCCGUGUGACUAGUGGGGACAGGCCAGGGGGCUUUGAAUGCCCACCAGCGAGCCCCAGGGCCCAGAGCAGCAGCCCAGCCGCCUGGCCCUACAGCCCCCCUCUGACCCACAGCCCACGAGUCGAGCAGGCGAGCCCAGCGAGGCAGGACAGCUGGGCUUUGUCACUGCCCCAUCCCCGCUCCGGGCCUGAGAUUCCCCCCCAUUUCGCCUAGCUAGACUGAGCCCUUCAGGGCUGCCCUCAGCGGGACGGGGACCACGAGCUUAGCGUGUGCAGCGCCCGGCCCAACCCCCUCCCCUGCCCCCUGGGAGCCCUGCUCUUAGCCGGAUCCAUAGAGCGCUGCUGUAGCUUGCCCUGGAGAAGCUGGAAGCGGCCCUGCCCCACCCUGUGUCACGCACGGGCCCCCCGCUUUCUCCUUCCCGCAGGACCUUACCCGAGAGGCCCAAGGAGCACACGACUGUGGAGGAUGGGGGAAAGCGCCCGCCCCGCUGUCCAAACCCACAAUAAAUAAACCAGGUCCAUUUAAAACCAGCAGCUGUGGCAUGUUCUGAC